AUGGCCGACCACCCGCCCUCUCACCCCGCUCAUCUCGAGCCCUCCAAGCUCGGCACAAAAGAAUACUGGGACGCCCUCUACUCCACCGAACUAACCAACCACGCCCUCAACCCCUCCGACACCGGCACAGUCUGGUUCGACGACUCCGACGCCGAGCAAAAACUCCUCGACUUCCUCCCCACAAUCUCCCCUGCCCUUUCCCCCGAAACAACCUCCCUUCUCGACCUAGGCUGCGGCAACGGAAGCCUUCUCUUCGCCCUCCGAAGGGAAGGGUGGUCCGGUCCCGCGCUGGGGAUCGAUUACUCCGCCAACAGCAUCUCUCUCGCGCGGCGCAUCGAGGAGGCCGAAAGAGCGGAGGGAGGGGGACCUGCUACGCGGUUCCAGACGUGGGAUCUUCUCCGCGGGGACCUGGAGGACGUUUUAUCGGGGGAGCAGAGGGGGGGUUGGGACGUCGUUUUGGAUAAGGGUACUUUCGAUGCUAUUUGUCUCUCGGAUGAGAAGGAUGAGCAGGGGAGGCGUAUUUGCGAGGGGUACAAGGAUAGGAUAGCCGCGCUCGUGAAGCCCCACGGAGGCUUGUUUAUCGUAACAAGCUGUAAUUGGACCGAGGGGGAGCUGAGGGCUUGGUUCGUCGAGGGGACGGGGGGCGAGUUUGAAGAGUGGGGGAGGGUUGAGUAUAGGGCUUUUGUGUUUGGGGGAGCGAAGGGGCAGACGAUUAGUACCUUGUGCUUUAGGAGGGGGUAG